CUCGAAGUACUUGGACAGCUCGCUGUAUCGCUACAAGGUCGCCCGGAAGAAGCUCAAUCAUCGAGGACACGAGAGAGAGGGGAUGCCUGAAUUUAUGUACGCGCACGUGUCACGGAUCCCCCUCAGUACACGAUCGUACACGUCCGCAUGUGCUUCACGGUCUCUCUUACAGGUUUAUUUGUGGACCAAUCAGCCCUUCUGGUCCGCGAUUAAUUCGGCAUGAUCCCCUCGGCGACAGCUCUUCCUCUUUUCGCACUACUCACGCUGACGUUAGGAUUACCUUUAUUUUCCAACAUUCCAACUACGGAGGAGGACACGGCGUAUCGCAAAACUAAGAAGAAUACUUUGCGAUUAGUUACAGUGGUAAUAAGACAUGGGGAGAGAGCACCUGUGGACACUUAUCCAAGUGAUCCUCACGUCAACGAUACUAUGGAGCCUUACGGCUGGGGUCAGCUGACAAAUAAAGGAAGGAGAAACCAGUACAAUCAAGGAUUAUUUCUGCGGAAGCGUUACGACAACUUCCUAGGCUCAACGUAUGAGCCCGACAUAUUCUAUCUGCAGACCACCGCUGUAGACCGUACGAAGAUGUCGGGCAUGGUGGAGGCCGCCGCUUUGUGGAGACCCAACGAGGAGCAGUCGUUCAUACCUAAUUUACCUUGGCAGCCAGUCACACUGUUCUAUCAGGAACGUGAAGAUGAUACGCUCAUGUUAGUGUGGAACACGUGUCCGAGGUACACCCAACUGCGCUCAUCGGCGAACGACUUGCCGGAAGUCCGGAAGUUGCACGAAGACAACAAGCAAUUGUUCGCGAACCUCACGCACUUGACAGGCAUGCCAAUCACGACUGUCGACGAUGUCAGCUCGCUUUACGCCACGUUGUCGGCUGAAGACGAAAUGGGCUUGGUCUUGCCGGAGUGGACAAAGGACUACUAUCCCGAGAAGCUGACACCCUUGGCCCUGUACGAGCUGCAGCUCAACACAUACAACGACGAAUGCCGCAGGCUGAAGGGUGGCCCCAUGCUGAAGAAAUUCAUCGACGAGAUGCGGGCGAGAAAGGCAGGCAUUCAACAGCCUAAGCGGAGAAAAAUGUUCAUGUACAUCGGCCACGACAGCACUAUCGUCACCCUGCUGGACACAAUGCAUAUCUGGUCAAAUCAACUGCCGUACUAUAACAUCAUGACGAUGAUAGAACUGCACGAGGACGAGGGCGACUGGAACGUUCAGGUGUUUCUGAGGAAUACAACAACUCACGAGCCGUACAUGAUGACAAUACCUGGAUGUACUGUCGUGUGUCCACUGGACAAGUUUGUGGAGAUCCUGGAGCCGAUGAUACCAAACGACUGGGAGCAGGAGUGCAAGGUCGACAGUAACUAUACAACUCCGCCUCCGCCGCCGCCGUAAAUAUAGGAGAAUUAUAUUACAAUUCAAAUAUUUCGCUACAAACUUUAUUGUACGUGCACUGUAAAUAAUUUAAUGCAUAAAGGAACACUG